AUGUUGCCAACGAUAGUCGGCGUUACUGGAAUGUGGCAUCCAGCAAGCUGCUUCGAGGAUCUUGAAGCCGCGUUCAAGGAAAAGGGAUAUCCGUUUAUCAGUCAGGAUGCACCUGGUAUCCUCGAUGAGGAUCCUUUCAAUAGCACGGUGGACAAGGAUUCUGAAUCCCUAAGGCAGAACAUCCUCCUCCCACUGCUUGCCGAAGGCAAAGAUGUUGUCCUUCUCAUGCACUCUUAUGGUGGCAUUUACGGCUCAGCCGCAGUGGCUGGGCUAAGUGCUAGGGAGAGGAAGAAAGCCGGCCUGCAAGGAGGAGUAACAGGCCUUGUUUACAUUACCGCCGUGACGCCGGCAGUUGGAAAAUCCUUGCUUGACAUGAUGGGACUUACGCCUGAAAACCUGCCGCCACAUGUGGUGAUGGACGAACCAAGAGGGCAAAUUUUGUUGAUUGAAGCAGAAAAGCACAUGUACCACAACAUCUCGAAGACUGAGGCUGAUAAAUGGAUCGCCAGGAUCAAACCUCAAGCCUAUUGUUCCAUUAACACGCCUAUUUCAUAUUCUCCGUUGGAGGAUGAAAACUACAAAGGUCUAGCUGGAUACAUACUUUGUGGGGGUGACCGAGUUCUCCCAUUGGAGGCUCAGAAGUACUAUGCAGAUAUCUCCGGGAUUAAGCACACUGUCCUUGUUGAAGAGGCGUCUCAUGCCUUCUAUGCUGGCACUUGUGAGCAAACAACUGUAAUUAUUAUCCGGAAACUAGAAAGUAGAACUACAAGCUCCAUAUCAAACUUCUGA